UGAACCAGCUAAUCAAGGUUGCCUUCCAGGUCACCAUGCAGUUCCUGGGCCGUAUCCUGGACACGGUGAGCUCCGUGUCGACUCUGUUCUCCAACCCGUACCGUGUGAGAGAUGUGCAGUUGUCGGAUUAUAAUGGCAAAGUGCUACUGAAACAGGAGGGCAGGCUGGUCCUGUACAAGAACCAACAGAGCCAUUCAUGGGACUGCCUGCUUCUCUGCCCCGAGUCUUCAUCUGUGGCUCUGAGGAUGUUCCAGGUAGCUUCAGAGGAAAACGCCAUGAAUUGGUUUCCUCAGUAUGCCCUCAAACUCCGCCCAUUUUAUGAGAUGCUCCGCCUACCGCUGAAACCUGAAAUGUUCCAGCCAAUCGUGGACUGCGUGCGGAAUCACCCCGACUGGAGCUCGGCUCACAUCGCCGUGGAUACUGGACUGAGAGACUGUCUCAAACACAAUUACGUUUUGAGUCAGAUGAACGCCCGUGACGCCCAGGGUCAGACCCCGCUGCACCUGGCGUGCGAGAGAGGAGAUGUGGGCUGCGUACGCGGGCUCCUGGAGGAGUGUCAGGCUCGCACAGACAUCAAGGACAAGAACGGAGAGACGCCCAUGCACUGCGCUGCUAAACAAGACUCUGCUGUUAUUAUAGAGAUUUUGUGUGCACAGAUGUGCGUGGGUAUGAACGAGUUGAACGCCGCCGGGGAAACACCAAUGCACAUUGCAUGCCGUCUCGGGAGGGUCGAGGUGGUCAAGGGCCUGCUUGGGGGCGGAGCCUGCUGUGACGUCAUGGGAAGCAAUGGCUAUCCGAUCCACACCGCCGUGAAGUUUAGUGAGAAAAGUUGUGCCGAAGCAAUUUUAAACACCAACCCAAAUCAACUUCUGGCGGAGGAUCCGAUUUACGGCGGAACGCCUCUUCACUGGGCCAAGACUGCCGAGAUGAGCCGUGUGCUGCUGGACCGAGGAUGUAACGUCAGCUACCUGAGUAAGACCGGAGAGAGUCCAUUACACAUCCUGACCAAGAGGGGGCGCUUUGAGGCCGCAAUGACGCUGCUGACCCAUGGAGCCGACCCCAACAUUAAGGGUCAGGAUGGAAACACAGCACUGCACCUCGCCAUGAAGUUGGACCACAUGGACCUGAUCAAAGCUCUCAUGGUGUUUGGAGCAGAUGUCGAGGUUCACAAUGAUCUUGGAGAGACACCGGGACUCAUCGCUGCUCGUACCAGCAAGGGGCCCAACCGUAAGGUGCUCUUGAACAUGCUGUUUAGUGUAGGGGCUGAGCGGUGCCACCCCCCCUCCCUCAACAGCCCUAUCCUCAGUGUCAACAAAGCUCCGCCUCCUGGCAUAGGGUUUGAUGACAUCUUGAAUGUGGCAGUAGCUGUCACGGCCAUGAGUCGUGGAUUUGCAGAGGUUGAUGGGCUCAAGACAGGAAGCAAGAAAAUGGACAGAUUGCUGUGUCUAGACGGUGGAGGAAUAAAGGGACUGGUUCUGAUCCAGAUGUUGAUCGCUUUGGAGAAGGAGGCAGGACGGCCCAUCAGGGAACUCUUUGACUGGGUGUCUGGGACUAGCACUGGCGGCAUACUGGCCCUAGCAAUUGUACACGGUAAAUCGAUGGAGUAUCUGCGCUGUCUGUACUUCAGGAUGAAAGAACAGGUAUUUAAAGGUUCUCGACCAUAUGAGUCUGGCCCUCUGGAGGAAUUUCUCAAGAAUGAGUUCGGAGAAAAUACCAAGAUGACGGACGUCACACACCCCAGAGUAAUUGUGACUAGCGUUCUUGCAGACAGACACCCUGGAGAACUGCAUCUGUUUCGUAAUUACGACCCACCAGCCCUGCAAAGAGACCCUCCGUACACAUCUACAGCCACAUUUCAACCCCUUACUGUGCCGCGAGGAUGGGAGGACGAAGAUCUUUUGGUAGUAGGAUAUACUCGACCCCCCAGAAAGCGUAGGAAGGUGACGGAUGAAGAGCAAUUAGUUUGGCGUGCUGCCCGCUCCAGUGGAGCUGCUCCUACAUACUUUCGACCAAUGGGCCGUUUUCUGGAUGGAGGGCUGCUGGCCAAUAACCCAACGCUAGAUGCCAUGUCAGAAAUACACCAGUACAACAAAGCCCUGAAGGCACAGGGCCGUGAAUCAGAGGUGUGCAGGUUAGGUGUGGUCGUCUCAUUGGGCACUGGUAAACCUCCUCAGGUGGCGGUGAACUCGGUGGACGUUUUCAGGCCUUCCAAUCCACUGGAGCUGGCCAAGAGCUUUGUUGGUGUCAGAGAACUGGGCAAGAUGCUUGUGGACUGUUGUACAGACUCGGAUGGGUGUGCAGUGGACCGAGCCCGAGCGUGGUGUGAGAUGGCCGAUAUAAACUAUCACAGGUGGAGUCCUCCGCUGUCUCAGGAGGUGAUGCUGGAUGAGGUCAGUGACGCUGUGUUAGUUGACAUGCUGUGGGAGACUCAGAUGUACCUGUACGAGCACAGAGAUGUCAUACAGACCCUCUGCCAGCAGCUGCUGCAGCUCUGACAACAGCUUCCAGACUGAGGCUGAUCAACAGGGUUUGGUGGCUUAAUAUGCAAUAAUGAAUCUGUUUACAUUAGUGUGUGUAUGUUGUUCUGACAUGUUCGAUUUAUUUAAAGGCAGAAUAUUCAUAAAAAUAUCUAUUUAAUUAUAACAUGCUUUCGCCAUAUGUCAUAAAUACCAAAUUGGACCAAGGUUAAUGCAGUAUAACAACAUACAUGAAGGAUUCAGAGUGUCAUUUUAUAGGAACUUCCACUACCCAAGCCAAUAUUUGAACUGCGAGAUAUUUUUAUAUUGCAUUACAUUUUAUAUAUGCUAAAUUGCUCAGUUAACAUGUUCUAUGUUUGACAUUUGCAUUAAGGUGAACUAAAAAGGAAGUGAGUAGGUGCUUCCGUUGAAGCAAUGUUUUUACUCAUUAUUUAUCAAUAUAUCCAUUCAUUUCGUUCAUUUUAUCAUGUGUGACAUUUAUAGAGAAAUUGACACUUUUUCUGGAAUUUUCUUGUGAGAGUCAUGGGUCAAAGUAUAGCCACUGUGAUUGAAUACUGAGUACUUCCUUGCAUUUACUAUUUGUUAUGCAUUUAUCUAUACACUUGAAAUGAUCUUCAUAGCGUUUCUGUGUGCUGUCUCUCGUGUGUUAUUUGCGAUAUGUAACCUUGCAUACUUGAACAUUUUUAAGCUGCAAGCCUGCAACUGAUAAAUUCUCUGUCUGUGAAGUGUAGAAAUGAUGAACUAAGAUAAUGUAUAAUAUACUGAAGUUUUUAACAACAUAUAUGCAUCAAGUAUAACUUGAAAACCUCUUGUAUUUCUCAUUAGCCUUGUUGUAUUUUUGUUUGGUUUAUUGAUAAAUUUACAGUUAAUUUUUCUACAAAAAAACGUGGUGAUAACUUGACACUGGACCUACAGAUCUGUUGUUCAGAGACCAAAAUAAGCAUUUAUUCACUUUAUACGUAUAACCUGCUGCUAUGGCACUGAUUUGAAACCUUUUACUUAAGUGAUAUAAACUUGAAAUAAAAAGCACAGAUAAUUAUUCAAACUGGGAUUAGGUCUGGUAUUUUGUAUAUGUGAAAUAAAAAUGGUAAAAUUUUCAU